UAAAAAUAUAUAAGCCUAUUCAUUUUCACAUAAUUGUCUAAAUUGGGGUGUAUGUAAUGGAAAAGGUUUGGGGGAAAACAAACUGAAGGUAAAGUUGCCAAGCAAUUUAAUGUAUUUAGGGUUCUAAACUAUGAAGUUUCUUCUUCUAAAACAGCUAGAAUUUUAAUGUUUAUUUCCUCCCAAUGUUUCUCUCUCUCUUUCUCUCUAUCACUCACACACAUACAUGCACAUUCAUUUCACUGGCAGCAAAUGUCUUUGAAAAUAAAUGCAACAGGUGAAAACCGGCAUGAGGCAGGGGAGGUGACCAGUCCACACAACAUGUAUUCCUCAAGUUGUCUUUCCCUUAACUGACGUCAGGUAGUCGAAGUUUAUCAACAGUCGAUGAGCUCCUGUAAAAAUGUUUUUAACACCAUUUUUCCUACGGAGGUAAAUAUUUAUAGUUUUGCAGCGUGCAGUUAUCCCAGACAGCCUUUUUUGACGGGAUGUGUAUACAAAUCUUGUGUGUAAACAUUCUCAUUUUCUUCCUCAGUCUAACUCUACUGUCAGUAUCGCACAGGGACUAUCGGUAGUCGACUUUGCCACUACUAUUGAAAGCACUCAAUAGAUCAGCCGAACAUUGUCUGUCCGCAGAAUUUCUGCUUCUGUCCCUGAAGUCUGUGUACAAAUCGACCACUGCCAUGUUUGGCUAAUGUCCCGUGUAUAACCCUAAAAUAUGUCGAGCAUCGUGUCUAGCUUUUGACGGUGGGCAUAACCACACAGAUAAGCGAAAAGCUCAAUAUUCUGUUGCAUCGCAGACGUUAACAGUUUGAUGACUGCCUGAAUACAUCUGCUCUGGCCGACCACAAUGUUCGAGCAGGAAUUGAUUGAUUUGUAAACGGUGAAUAAUUUUCCCAACUGCUUCCCCCUCACGAUUUUUAAGAGGAACGGAGAAGCAAUGCUGCCAACGCACAUGAUACAGCACCCUCCCUUCAACCCAUAAAACGCGGCCAUGCAAAACAUACAGAUAUUUGGGAAAAUGGAAAAAUAAAUUUUUAUAAAUUUUGUCGUAAUUACAGUAAGGAACCAGCUCACCGUGAGAACUUGUGAAUGCCAUUCUACCACCACCUUACCUUAGACUCUCGAGUUCAUAUAAAAUUGACGGUGCACAAACUUUUCAAAGCCAGCCUUGACAUAAAAGGUGUUCCUUUAAACCUGAAUGUAGACGCAAACAUUUCAAAUGCAUAUAUCUGAAAUCUAUGGUCAGCCACACAGUUAAAGAAAUGGUUUUCAUUCCUUAAAUUUAUCUCGCCCCCUUUCUGUUUCGCCUUUUCUCGUUCUGUCAUCUUUUCUUCCAUCUGCUCGUCACGAAAGGACCACAGUAGUGUUUACAUGGCAGCCGGAUGGUAAGAAAGGUGUCAAGAGGGUUGGGCAACACUAUUCUACAUGCCGUCGCGGAACAAAGUGACCCUCUCCGGCGCAAAAGGUCAGAGAACGGCGGCCAAGAGCUGAGUUGGCUAAAUGAAUAAAAGAUAAUUAGACGAGAAGAUGGCUGCACCACACACACACACCGUCGUUUCGCGAGAAAUGCUGCGCGACCGAAGCCGAGUCCCGAAGGACGCCCUCGCCAUUAGACGAGCUUGGAGCUGGCCUCCAGAAAUGUCACUCUGCUGGGCGAGGGAGGCAGACACACAGCAUCCCUGCAUCCCUAGCGUGCUCGCGACGCGCAGCCAUGCGCUCUUGUUGUUGGCCUCGCCCGCGUUCUUACCAACCAACCACCUCAUUGUCAGAACUCUUCAGUCUGUAAGCAUUCUGACCAAUAUUUUUCAGUCAGUUCUGACCGAUGUUACUUCCAGUCUGCCGGCGCUUCUAAGGACCAUGAUGUUUGCAUCAAUGUUAUGCCUUAGGGCAUGGACUAUUGUGCAAGUGGAAUAAGCUGUCUGUUAUUUUACUGUUUAAAAAAAGAAUAUCGAGUGUUUUUUGUUAACAAAGGAAAGCACAGACUAUUCUUGAAAGAUCGCACGUACUUGAAGAUAGUAUCAGCAAGGUUAAAGCGCUCGGCGCCUGUGUGGAGGAGGAUUUUGUAGCUCUCAAGGAAAGUCACAACGAAAUUACUGUGUUGGAGGAUGAGAUAAGUUCUUUGUAAUUCGCGAGGUGCGCCAUAUGGUUGGGACUACCUUGUUUGUCAAAAACUGAAACAAUUUUUUGUAGGGGGUUGUGUGUGUGUCAGGUCUUAGAUAUGAGCUCCGUGUGUGUGUUUUUGGAAGAUGUGGUCGUGUGCAUGAUGUGUGCGCUCUUCACACGGAUUUACAGCUCAGUGCAGCCUCGCCAAGAUGAUAGCAGGAGGAGAGUGUAUUGACGAGACACUUGUGGGGCCUAACUGGCAAAAUUAAGUGAACCACUGACUUCGACGAAUGGCUCGGGCAGCGCAGUCCUGGCUAAGGGACACUCCAAGUCGCAAGUUCGAUCAAACCGCUGCGCAGUGAAGGGAGCACAUCCGUACUUCAAUCUACAUCGCAGUUACAUCGGCAGGGGUUUUCACCUACCCCCAACCCCCUGCCCUUCCAUCCAACAAGUCAUCGGGUGUCUGGACUCUGAAUCCCACGGCUUUCGCAGGACCUGAAGCAUCUGGGCGCUGAACGCGCAACAUGGAUCCUAAGCACCGUGUUCGAUUCCCGCCCUCCGCCAGCUUCUCCAUUUUUCUCGUCCUCAGCGCAUUCCUCGCUGCACGUGCUGUAGCUGUGUCCGUGGAGCCUGUUCUGACCGUUCCUGGCGAGUACAACAUCGUGCUCCUUCUAGAUAUUUACGAAACGUCACCAACAGCCAACAGCACGUGCACAGAAUCGAACCCAGCAGUCUUUCCCGUGCUGCUGAGCGCCGUGAACUUGAUACAAUGGCUGGAAGCGGAGACUAACAUAAGUAUGGGACUGGCUGUGUAUGAUAUCUGCGGACCUGUCCAGCGACUUCUUCGUCAGAUAAACCGGAUUCUGGCUGACGACUCUGUUACUCCUAGAGCUAUUAUCACUAUGACAUCACCGGAAACGGCUUCGGCAGUCGCAGAUGUCCUGCGCCACACUAAUGUGCAGCAUGUUGACGUCACUUCCGACCCACUGGAAGACAAUGUCAUCAUUCGCGACAAUCACUACACCAUCUCGAACACGCCGCGAGCAAGGGUCGAGACGACAAUAAGACUGUUGGGCAUAUUGCGUAUCAAUUACUUCCGGGUGAGUGUCACGGAUAAUCACGUAGCCAGGACGGAAGCAGCGUUGUUCCGGUCUCUGGUUCAGCAGUCGGAGACUCUGUGUGAAGCCACUUUUCCGGCGCCAAGCGGAAGUGAUUACCCCUUGCUGCUCUUCACUGGAAAUGCCCACGGGGAUAACGAGGCUAACGAGAUAAAAACGGGAUUUCAGAGGUACGCGAAAGUUGUCGUCGUCGUCGGAGACCACGCUAGUGUCGUCAGCAAUGAUGUCAGACAGACCAUUGUGUGGCUUCAGAAUGUGCUGGACGUGACGCCGGAGGAGCUGAUAGACAUCUUUCAAAAUCCUCCCAUAUCCACCCUGCUACACCUGCGUCAGCCGCUCUGCUCGUCCUACCACCUCGCCGGUGACGUCACAGCCAGUGACGCGUGUUCUCUAACGGCGCAAACUCUGAGGGACGUCCUGGCGGUGCGUGACGCACUCAGCAUCCUCAGCGUCCACGCGCUCAGGCACAACGACAGCAGCGACACGCCGCUGGACCUGCUGCACAGCAUGGACGCUGCCGCGCCGCUGUUCGAGGACGAGCUGAUGUCGAGGACCGUCCGAGAUACGAUGUACAGGGUUAGGAUUUCUGGUCCUGGGGCGCCUAGAGAGACCGACAAUUCGACAUAUUUAUUUACUUUCCCGGAAGCGACUCUGAGAGUUCCUAACGUUUUACUUCAAGCUGACGUCAGCAGUUCUUGUGAAGUCAACUGUCAUCUUUGUGAUACCUGUUCACCCAAAGCAACCUCUGAUGAGAAAAUGAUGGCGUCCGUGCCUCUAGAGUCUGCCAGUCUGAUUGUAGUUGGAAUCUUUCCUGUUCACACCUCACAACCCGGCGUCCUUCACGACUGCAGCACACCCAACCCCGAGGGUUACAUGGCGGCUCUCGGUCUCUUCUCUGCAAUAGAAAUGUUCAACAAUAAGACAAGCAGCAGCAAUCUCCACAGUCUCAAGAUCGGAGGGGUGGUGUUCGAUUCUUGCGAGCAUCGCCAUCGUGUGAGCACGAUUGUGCGGGACCUUGAAACCUGUUUCCUGAGUUACAAAGAUCUUUCUGGAAAUGAAGUGAUUAUUUCCCCAUCCAAAGUCAUUGCCUACGUCGCCUUCGCUUCCCCAAGCUUGCCUCUUGGGGUGGACAAACUAUUUCUGGCAGCAAACGAAUCUGGUUUCAGUUUCCGAGGUGAUCAGAGAAUAAAAUUUGUGACCCUUGCUGCUAAAGUUCUGCUGAAGCUGGACUGGACUUACCUAACGGUUGUGGUGCCUGACGACAAGAAAGCACGAAAUGAAAUCCUGGAAACAUUUGAACUCUACGACCUGUGCAUCGCUCGGAUCAUCGACAGUAAAAGCUUUGUGGAUAAUAAUACAUCGCACGUUAGCCUCAGUGAGCUGACCAAAGGGAGACCAAUUGUCUUUCUCACCGACGCCGAGAGCACGGAGAGCAUUCUGGACAGAGUUAUCUCCCGAAGCGGAAGGUCCAAGCUGACCUACAUCUUCUUGCCGUGGAAUGUCCAGGUCGCGUACGGAAGGUCAGCCAGAGUGUCGAUGGAAGUCGCCAUCCUCAUCACUCCCCGCCCCCGGCAAACUUCUUCUACCCCACCGGUCCUCCACGACGAAAAAGUUGUGGAUCCGUGGGAAGAGGAGUUCGUUUCUCACAGCAACUCCACCAUUGAACAACUGGACACAGGGACACAGUCUGCAUCCUCGGUGUCUCAGGCGGUGGGCUCACUCCUUUCGGCGUUAGACUCUGUAUACAAGAACACAUGUCCAGAGCAAGAUGGAGUAUGCAAGGCCUUCACCGACCUCAGCACAGUGAAAACAAAGGUUAACAAAAAACAACAAAAGGAUUCCGUGAUGCUGCAAGUCCUGGCUCUCAGACCCGCAGAUGAAGACAGUUGGACAGAAACACAGAUUGGCAAUGUUCUGCCAAAUGACACUGUCUUACUCCUGGAAGAUGUUCGUACCCUGCCUGUGGGUAACUGCCCCGGCUGGUGCCCCGAAUGCUUCAGUUGUCGGUCGGACUCCACCACAGCAAAACACACUGCAGUAGUAGCUAGUUCCAAACAAGAAACAGGAACCUCGCCCACCGUAGUAGACAUUUACAAACCAGGGGACCUUCUUAUCGUGGGGCUGUUCCCAGUCAGCAAGCCGGGACCCACGCCCUUCCAGUGCGGAGAGGUCGCCAACAACCUGGACGAGCUCCGCGCCGAGCAAGCCUUCCUCUUCGCCGUCGACACUUUCCAGUCUCGUUAUCCUCACGCGCUGGAGAACGUGAACGUCGGAGGCUUGUUGCUGGACUCGUGCUCGAGCCUCCCUAGCGCCCUGCACACCCUGGGAGAGCUGAACAGCUGCGGAUUGGAGUUCGCGACGACCCUCGAUCAGACGAGAGAAGCAGUUCCCGCUCCUGCCCUCGCCGUGGGUUACAUCCUGCAGGAUCCGUACGAAACGGCGUUGGUCGUCAAGUCCACCGUCGCGGGCAUGCGCAGAAUGGCUGUCGUCAGCUCCGCCCCUUCGAUGAACGACGGACUUGCUCGGACGGAGUCUCCCUUCAGAAUGAGCGUGGACGCCAUCUUGAGCAUCUUCAGGCUCCUUCGUUGGUCGCAAGCCUUCGUGGUGAUGUCAGAGGACGAGAACCUCGUCUCGAUGGCCGAGUAUUUCAACGAACAGGCCGGGUCGCUGGGCCUCUGCGUGGUGAAGUGUCAGCAAAUGAAAACCAGAGCCAAAAACCUUCGCAGCGUCGUUGCAGGUUUGUCUCAGUCAUCUGCCUUCGUACCUGCUGUCUUGUUUCUGUCAAGAGCAGAUGCGGUAACGCUUUUCAGAAACAGUGAGGUCAGUAGAGUCGCCCGACCCUGGGUCAUCUCUCUGGUGGGAGACGAUUGGCACAGUACGGUUGGGGUCAACUUUCCCUGGGGCGCUCUUUUAAUUGAUGUAUUGGGAAAGUGAACGACGACUUUCACGUUUUUUUAGAAAAUUUCUCCA